AUGCAAUCCAUACUUCAUCCAGUGAUCGGGCCCAAGAAGGAGAUCCAAAAUCUCAGUGGCAGGGUGGCGUUGGUGGUCGGCGGUGCAUUUGGUAUAGGCUACGAAAUCUCCCGUGCCUUUGUGCUCCAUGGGGCCCGCGUGAUCAUGGUCAACCGCAAGGAAGACCAAGGGAAGGAAGCCAUUGACAAGAUCAAGCAAGAAGCCGGUGAGGAGGCCAAGAUCGAAUGGCUGCCGUGCGACAUGGGCAACCUCAAGCAGGUCAAGGAGGUCUUCACCGGCGUCCGGGAGCGGGAAGAGCGCCUUGAUCUCCUUAUCCUGUCCGCCGGCAUCAACGUAAACCAAUACGGCGAAACCGCCGACGGUCUCGACCGCCACUUCCAAGUCAACUGGCUCGGCCAAUUCUACGUCUGCAACCUGCUCUACCCGCUCCUGCGCACGACGUCCAAGAUGCCCGACACGCCCGCCCCGCGCAUCGUUUUCGAGUCGUCUGAGCAGCAUCGCGCCGCGCCGUCGGUGGUCCAUUUCGGCUCGCUCAACGAGAUCAACAACCCGGAUCUGGGGAGCCUGGAGCUGUACGGCAGAACGAAGCUGGCAGUCAUUCUGGGGGUCAAGUAUGGGCUUCGGGACAGGGUUAUCAAGCCCAACGGCGACAACAUCUAUGCACUUUCUGUUCAUCCUGGCGCGGUCAACACGGCGAUGCAGCAACAGUGGAAGGAUGCCUAUCCGGGACUGUUCGGCAAGCUGGUUACAACGAUAAUGUUGGCCGGUGGACGGGACGUGGAACAAGGCUCAUACAGCGCGCUGUACGCAGCAACCAGUCCCGAAGUCGAGGACAAGGGCUGGAAUGGCUACUAUUUCACCGAUCCGGGUCAGCCAGGAAAGGAAUCCAGCCAGGCUUCCGAUCCAGCGUUGGGCGCCGCGCUCUGGGAGUUGAGUCAGCGUCUCAUCAAGGAGAAGGCUGGAGAGGAUGCAUUGGUCGAUUGGAGUUCGACCUAG